AUGUUUCUCCUCACCUUCUUUCUGUCUCUCGUACUUGGUCUCAGGACCGUCCAUGCUGGUACGGAUCUUGCCUGGAAAGACGAUACUGAUCUCACCAGUUUCAUCACCCGUCCAGAAAUCAAAUCCCCUCUAUAUGAUGUCAAGAUACAUAAUCCGAACGGUAUCGAGGAGGGAUACUGGUUCGUUGCGCCCUAUGUCAAAAUUCACCAGGAGAAGUUCCCCGAAAGAUAUUAUCAGACCUGUCAGACGGGUCCUCAUAUAUACGAUGCUCAAGGGGAGUUAGUCUGGAGUGGUGCUUGUAUGGUCAACAAUCGUGACACCAACGACUUUCGUGUGGUGAAAUACAACGACACAACAUACUUGUCUGCUAUCUUGCAUCCCCUAGGAUCUGACUUUAAAGGCCAUGGUAUUAUCAUGAAUACAUCCUUCUCAACAGUCAAAUCGAUAUACAACCCCGUUACAAUAACGAAUUUCAACAUGCACGAACUCAAUAUUGUCGAUCAAGGAACUAAGGCGUUGCAUAUCGUAGCCAAGCCUGAUCUGGCCGACGUUUCUGCGCUAGGUACUGGUCUGCAGGCUGGCUGGGUUGCAAACAAUGGCUUUCGCGAAGUCGAUAUAGGCACGGGUGAAACGACUUUUGAGUGGUGGGCGCUGGACCACGUUCCACUUACAGAGAGCUCGGUAAAUAUCACCAACUUAGAGGGACCGCAUCCCAGCGCUUGGAACUUCUUUCACUCGAAUUCGGUAGAUAAGAAUGCUGAUGGCGAUUAUCUCGUCUCCUCUCGCUAUACGGAUUGCAUAUACAAGAUUUCUGGAAAGGAUGGACACGUCAUAUGGCGCUUGGGCGGCAAAGAUUCGUCAUUUAUUCUGGAGGGCUUCAACUUCUCAAAACAGCAUGAUGCACGAUUUCUGCACGAAAACAGCACUCACACUGUACUUUCCUUCCUCGAUAAUGCGGCCGACCCUUUCAGUGAGACAUCUGACUAUUCAUCUGCACUCAUUGUCUCACUCGACACCUCAGCCACACCCAUGACCGCCAGAGUGACUCAAAGAUGGGAGCGGCCAGAUAGACAACUCUCACGGCUUCGUGGCAAUUUCCAACUCCUCCCUAGCGGCAACGCUUUUAUCUGCUGGAGUGGAAACUCAUACAUCAGUGAACAUUCUCCGGAUGGUGAGGUGUUGUUUGAAGCAAAAUUCACAUCUCAUCGAUCUGUGAGUUAUCGUGCGUAUAAAUUUAACUUUACGAGCACUCCGCUUGAGCCCCCGACGCUGAAAGCUUUCGGUUAUGGGGAAUCGCCAGCCACAAGUACUACUGUGUUGUAUGUGAGCUGGAACGGAGCUACGGAAGUCAAGUCUUGGAAUUUCUAUCGAGCUGAAGACUCGACACUCAUUGGCAGCAAGUCUAAGACGGGCUUUGAGACGACAUACCACUCGCAGGGCUAUCAGAAGGAAGUCUAUGCCGAAGCCCUGGCUGCUGACGGUCGCGUGAUCGGAACAUCUUCCAUUGAAUCCACAGUUCUUCCAGCUCAUUGGACCUCGGAAGGCACCAAAGCCUCUGAAGACCAACGUACCCAUCACGAAUGGUACAAGCAGGAACUUUAG